UCCUGGUUGCUUCACCAUCGAGGAGAAAACAGUUUGGAAAGGGGGAAAACUCAGCUCAGAACAUUCCCUUAGGAGCAGUGCCAAGAUCCUCCCUCGUUUAUUUUACUCUCAGUGAAUCAACCCAAAUGAAGGAGAAGGGACUGAAAUCACAGAACAGACACCAGCACUGGAAAGGGCCAGGAAAUAACAGGAAUUAAGGAUGAAUGACACGAUCAAGACACAGAAAGGCAGGAGAAAGAUGAGAAAUCCUUCGCCAGAUGUGUCUGGGAAAAGCAUUCGGUUCGUUCUUUAACCAGAUAAAUUAUUACAGUUCUCCACUCCCUGCGUUACCUGGAUGUGGCGGUGACGGAGCCCAGCCCGGGGAUCCCUCAAUUCAUGAUGUUGGGAUACGUGGACGGGAUCCCCUUUGUGCGCUACGACAGCGAGCGGGGCCGGAUGGAGCCGCUGACGCCGUGGAUGGCAGCUGGACCUGAGCCAGGAUAUUGGGAUGAAGGGACCCAGCGAAAUGAGAGGAAUCGGCUCGUGGCUGCUGCUGACCUGGAGACAGUGGGGGCCCGGUACAACUGGAGUGGGGGUCUCCACACAGUGCAGACACUUUAUGGCUGUGACCUCCUGUCCGAUGGGAGCGUCCGUGGAUCCAGUCGGUACAGCUACGAUGGGCAGGAUUUCCUCUCCUUCGAGCUGGGAUCCAGGAGCUUCGUGGCGGCCGAUGGAGCUGCCCAGAUCACCAAGAGGAAAUGGGAACACGAUGGGAUCGAGGUGGAGAGACGGACACAUUACCUGGGGAACAUCUGUCCGGAAUGGCUCCGGAAAUACGUUGGAUACGGGCGGGAGGCGCUGGAGCACAAAGAGCCCCCUGAUGUCCACGUGUCUGGGAAAGAGGAACACGGGAUCCUGACGUUGUCCUGUCACGCGUAUGGAUUCUACCCCGGGAUCAUCGGGAUCAACUGGAUGAAGGGGGAUGAAAUCCGGGAUCAGGAGACGGAGUGGGGCGGGAUCGUUCCCAACAGCGACGGCACCUUCCACAGCUGGGCCAGGAUCGAGGCGCUGCCGGGGGAGCGGGAGCAGUACCGGUGCCGGGUGGAGCACGCCGGAAUGCCGGAGCCCGGGAUCUUCGCCUGGGAGCCAGAAUCCGUCUGGAAUUCCACCCCGGUGUUGGUCACUGUGUCCGUCAUCGCUGCCAUCAUCGUCAUCAUCGGCCUCGUCGCAGUCGGUGUCUGGAAGCUCCGAGCCGGGAAGAGGGAGGGCAAUGGAUACGACCCUGCACCCACCAGAAUCACGGCCUGAGCGAUCCCGGAGCUGGAUCCACCCCUGGGGAAAGGCAGGAGCUGCUGGCAGAGCUCAUCCCGCUGCUCCCACCCAGCCCAGCCCGCUGCAGCUCUCCCCGAUGGAUCAACUUCCUGCUUUUCCAUGUGUGAAACCCAGGAGCACAAUUAUUGCUGAGGCUUUAAUUGUGGUGUGAAAAUCUCCUGCUUUGGACAGUAAAUCCUGGUUCCCUCCUCUGGCAUCUGAGAGUUCCUCUCUGGGAACCAGGAAUGGGAAUGGGGAUGGGGACACUGGGAGCAAGUUGGAGACACCAGAUACUGGGAAUGGGGACAGGGAUGGGAACACCAGGAGUAGGAAUUGGGACAGGGAUGGGGACACCAGGAAUGGGAAUGGGGACGGGGAUGGGAAUGAGGACAGGGAUGGGAAUGGGGACAGGGAUGAGGACAGCAGGAAUGGGAAUGGGGACAGGGAGGGGAACGUGUCUCUCCAGGAGCUGGUUCAAUACAAAGGUCGGUCCCUCGCUCGAGGCCACGGCCCCGGGAAGCCCCUUCUUUGGGAAUGUCUGGGAACCAGGUGUCAGGUUUGCAAAGAGCUGCUGGAAUGUUUUCCCAGUGUCGCCCCCCAUUCCCCCCAUCCAUGUGUCCCGGGAUGGGGUGGGGGCAGAGCCGCAGGCACUGGGCAGCGGCAGUGGGGACAGGGCAGCUCUGGGGACACCGCGGUGCCCACGGGGAGGGCGGGGAGUCCUUUGUUCGGGGCUCUGGGGCUUUGGCGGCACCGCACGGAGCAGAGCCCGGUUUUCGGCCGCCUCUUUCUCUUGCCCUGAGAGGAAGUUUUGUUUCCCCGCUGGACACCUCGCGCAGGACGAGCGAGAGAGAGAGAGACCGACCCAUCACGGAGCGAGGGGUUCUGCUUUGGGACUGCCUGGGGGGACAAAAGGCCCUUUCCAGGCUGGCUGCGAGCACACGUGGCUGCGAGAGCUCUGACCUGCCGGCACAGCCCUGCCUUUCCCCCGCCCCCUGCCUGCCUUGCCGUGGGUUCCUCCCCCCACCUGGGCAUUCGGGACUUGGUUUGGUUUCUUCGGAAAGGUUUUGGUGGCACCAUUGGUUGGUUGUUCAGCUUUUGGGAAUAAAAAGCUGUUUCUUUUCCUUUCCCACA